CAGGAUCAAUCCGUUCUCCGUCACUGGCAGAGGAGGAUAAAGCAAGUCACAAGAAGCGCGGAAACCAGGCCAUAGCACGAUCCGCGGAUGAUUCGUCAGACCCUUGUGAAGGAGGUUCGGACACCUGGCUCAGAAUCCCUUCGCGGGUUCUCCCUACCCACAGGAGAUACUGCUCGAGAUGUCAACUUCGCGUCCCGGCCGAGGCCUCGGAGUCGGAGGCAUAGGGGACUUUGCCCUAAUCCCCCGCAACCCUCAGCCAUCCGGAAGCGAAGAGUUAACCCAGCAGGCAGCAAGUUCGCCGCCGCGCCGCUAGGGGGCAACGCCCCGCACUCCGACGGUCACGUGGUGUCGAGGGCGGAACCAAGCACCAGACUGGCCAAUAGGAACCGGGAGCGGGGUCCCGGGCCUAGAAGAAACGGCAGCCGGGAGGGGGCUACGAGAUCAUGGGGCUUCUGACCAUUCUGAAGAAGAUGAAGCAGAAAGAACGAGAACUGCGGCUGCUCAUGCUUGGCUUGGACAAUGCUGGCAAAACAACCAUCCUUAAGAAGUUCAACGGGGAAGAUGUAGAUACCAUCUCCCCAACACUGGGCUUCAACAUCAAAACCCUAGAACACCGGGGAUUCAAACUGAACAUCUGGGAUGUGGGUGGCCAGAAGUCUCUGCGCUCCUACUGGCGGAACUACUUUGAGAGCACAGAUGGCCUCAUCUGGGUGGUGGACAGUGCCGACCGCCAGCGCAUGCAGGACUGUCAGCGUGAGCUGCAGAGCCUGCUGGUGGAGGAGCGCCUGGCUGGAGCGACCCUCCUCAUCUUUGCAAACAAGCAGGACCUGCCUGGAGCCCUGUCCUCUACUGCUAUUCAGGAGGCUCUGGACCUGGCCUCCAUUCGCAGCCACCACUGGCGCAUCCAGGGCUGCAGUGCCGUCACCGGGGAGGACCUGCUGCCUGGUAUCGACUGGCUCCUUGAUGACAUUUCCAGUCGUGUCUUUACUGCCGACUGAGCUUCUCCAGUGUCCCCAGCUCACUGUCCAGGCCCCUACCCUCAUCAGACACCAGCUUGGGGGGACAGGCACCAACCGGCAAGACUAACACUCCCAACCCUGCCGUGAUCUGCUGCUGCUACUGCUGCUCCCCCCGCCCCCAGGCGAAGGCUGUCACCCUGGCUCCCUGAGUGGCCUGCAGCUGCCAGGCCAAGAGGAAAGGCUGGACUGGGAGGGAUUACUUGCUGCUACCAAGGUCCUGGGUGUCGCCUCUGUCCAGCAGUGAGAAUAAAGCACUCCUUUACCAGUUCUUGGCUGAGCCG